AUGUCAUCGGCCCAUCAAUUCAAAUCCUGUGUGGCCACCACUACAUCCACGGCUGGAUCAAAGGCAGCCACACAUCUUCUUUCGAAGGAGAAGAUUAUUCAAGAUCGCCAAAAGUACUUGGCCAAGGCUCAGUAUACCUUUUAUGAGAGUCCACUCAUGCUGGUCCGAGGUGAUAAACAAUAUGCUUUUGAUGAAACUGGAAAGAAAUAUUUGGAUGCUUAUGCCAAUGUUGCUCAUGUCGGUUACUGCCAUCCACAUGUCAUUCAAGCAACUGUUGACCAAUUGCAAUUCAUCAAUUCAAACACUCGUUAUCUUCAUGACAAGAUUGUGAGAUUAGCGGAGAAAUUAACAUCCAAAAUGCCACAAAAAUCCGAUUUAUCAGUGUGUUUCUUUGUGAAUUCAGGAAGUGAAGCGAAUGAUUUAGCUGUACGAUUAGCUCGUGUUUAUACUGAAAGAAAUACAAUUAUUGCAUUGGAAAAUUCAUAUCAUGGAACUACUGGAACCUCAACAGGCAUUUCUUCAUCAAUUUCUACUGGAACUGGUGAUAAGUGUCCUGACUGGGAUUACUAUGCUCGUGAUGUAGAGUAUGUGAGAAUGCCUGACAUGUUGCGAGGUCCUUAUAAGCCAGAGCGAGCAGUUGAGGAAUAUGUGAAAGAUUUCGAUCGUGUAUUUGAGAAGAGAACUAAAAAGGUUUGCUCAUCCUCCUGUCAUAAAUCAUCCAGUGGUGAGGAGCAAAAGCAUGAUAUUGCAGCAUUCAUUCAUGAAAGUAUUCAGGGAGUAGGAGGCCAACUUCCAUUCCCAUCUGGCUAUCUUCAACAAGUUUAUGCAAAAGUUAAAGGAAGAGGAGGUUUAUGUAUUGCUGAUGAGGUCCAAACUGGUUUUGGACGUGUUGGAAGCCAUUACUGGGCCUUUGAGGCCGAUGGAGUCAUUCCAGAUAUUGUCACAAUGGGCAAACCUUUUGGAAAUGGUCAUCCAUUGGGAUGUGUAGUCACCACUCGUAAAAUUGCUGAAGCCUUCGACAAGUCACAAUAUUUCAAUACAUUUGGUGGAAAUCCAGUGAGUUGUGCUGUUGGAUUGGCAGUCAUGGAAGUCAUUGAAAAUGAAAAUUUACAACAGAAUAGUUUAGAAGUUGGAACAUUCCUAAAGGAUGGACUUACAAAACUCAUGAAAAAACACAAAUUGAUUGGAGAUGUCAGAGGCAGAGGUCUCUUUUUGGGAGUUGAACUCGUAAAGAAUGCACACAUUGGCGACUUAACACCAGCUGUUCAAGAAACAAAAUACGUUUGGGAAAGAACAAAGGAAUUGGGAGUGUUGAUUGGAAGUGGAGGACCUCACAAGAAUGUGUUGAGGAUCAAAGGUCCAGUAUGUUUGACCAAAGAAGAUGCACAAUUCUUGAUUGAUUGUGUGGAUCAAGCACUCACUGAAGCGGAAAACAAGGACUUGUCAAGCUUUGCUUCCAAAACAUCCAAACUUUAA